AUGAAGUGCUUUUGCUUACUUAUUAUGCUCUUGCUAUUACAAGUUGUGUAUUAUAAACGGAUAAUUGCCCGAGACGCUAUAAUAAAUCUGAAACCAUCAUUUUUUCAACCAUUGGAUGAACUUCCGCCAUCAUGUUACAGUAAAAUUUACUGCAAUAGUGAAUUAUUGAACGAUGUACAAAUGUAUUGCAAUCAUCCAAACUGUACAAAUUUUUUAUCUAAAAAACUUAAAUAUACUGAAUCUGAGAUUCUGGUAAAGUAUGAUAAAAUGAAACAAAAUAAUAAUAUUGUACCGUCUGACGAAGAUUUAGUCAAGUUUAUUGCUGAGAAUUUCGAAGAAAGUAACGAGUUAGAGACAUGGACACCUACGGAUUUCACCGAUAAACCAUUGAUUCUUGAUAGAAUUAAAGAUAAAACUUACAAAUAUUGGGCUAGAAGGUUGAAUGAUUUAUGGAUGACCCUAGCGAGGAAGAUAAAGGAUGACGUAAAAAUACAUCCAGAUAAGUACUCACAGGUGUGGGUACCAAAUGGGUUCAUUAUACCAGGAGGUAUAUUUAAGGAACUUUACUAUUGGGACACUUAUUGGAUUGUUAAUGGAUUACUACGAUGUGAUAUGAGAACAACAGCUCGUGGUAUCAUCAAAAAUAUAAUAUCAUUGGUGGAUCAGUUCGGUUUUAUGCCCAACGGUAACCGAGUUUUCUAUCUAAAUAGAUCACAACCACCGAUGCUUAUAUUGAUGGCGUUAAGUUACUAUAAAGCAACUAAUGACUUUGACUUCAUAAAAACUGUUAUAGGUAGUUUGGAAAAUGAAUAUCUAUUUUGGUUAAACAAUCGAAUGGUUAUCUUCGAGAAAGAUGGUAAACAAUAUAAAAUGGCUAGGUACAGCUCACGGUCAAGUGGACCAAGACCAGAAUCAUACAGGAACGAUUAUAAAUUGGCAGAAAAACAUUACAGAGAAGAAGAUAAAAAUGAAUUAUACAUGCAUAUAAAGUCUGCAGCAGAAUCUGGUUGGGAUUUUUCAAGUAGAUGGUUCAUAACAGCCAAUGGCACUAAUAACGGUAAUUUAUCUGAUAUACAAACUGCAAACAUUGUCCCAGUUGACUUAAACAGCUUGCUUCAUGUAAAUGCACUUACAUUGAGUACUUGGUUUGAUCAAAUAGGCGAUAAAAUAAAUGCUGAAAAAUACAAAACAAUUGCUAAUGAGUUCCUCGAAAAUAUACAAGAAGUUAUGUGGAAACCAAACAAAGGAGCUUGGUUUGAUUGGGAUUUGAUCAACAAUAAGAGUCGAGAAUAUUUUUAUGCAUCCAAUAUUAUACCUCUAUGGACGGAAAGCUAUAAUAUGCCAAAAGAAAAAGUGGCCAAUUCAGUUCUGAAAUAUUUAAGUGAUCAACAUAUAAUCGAGCUCGACUACAGUAUUAAGUACAGUGGGAUACCUACGUCGAUGUACUCAUCAUCACAACAAUGGGAUUUUCCGAAUGCGUGGCCUCCGCUCCAAGCUUUUAUCAUACAAGGUCUAGAUAAGACUCAACAACAAAAUGCAAAACAAGUUGCAGUGAGAUUGGCCGAGGUGUGGUUGCGCACAAAUUAUCAUGGAUUUACAAAUAACGAAUCGAUGUUCGAAAAAUAUGACGCUUUAGCUUUAGGAAUAAGUGGUGGUGGCGGCGAGUAUGCACCACAGUUAGGAUUCGGUUGGACAAAUGGUGUCGUGUUGGAAUUUUUAAACCAAUGGGACUAUUUAUACUACAACACCUCAAAUGAUAAUACAACGGACUAACACAAAUAUUAUAUAAUAUUAUAUUGUACACAAUAACACAAUUUAUGUUAAUAUAUACUUUUGUUUUAUUAGUUU